AUGGUUACCGGUCGGAGAAGCGCCCUGCACUUCGGUCGUGCUCUGCGCAGCGGGGACGGGGAACGUCGUGGCAAUCGAGCCUCCCUGGGUGAGAGGGCAGAAGGUGGUGGUCUCGGUGACCCAGAGAGUGCUGCGAGACACGGUCUCGUCCUCGCCGUCGUUCGCACCGCUGUCCGUGCCAGCAGUGUUCGACGGAGCAGGGGCGUGGGUGGUGUGCACAGAGGCGUCGGUCUGGGCGGUUUCGGUACGGGCAGGCUCAGCAGUGGUCGACGAGAUGGCCUGGGUCACGGAGGUAGCGGCGCUGUGGACACUCGACACGGAGGUGGUCACGCUGGAAGCAACGGUGCUGGUGGUGGACACCUGAGAGACGACAGAGGUCGUCUCGGCGGUCUCGGCGGCACCCUCUUGGUACAGCUUGAUGGAGUUGAUCUCCCACUCUGGAUGGGGCUGCUGGGAUCACUCAGCGGACAGCUCGAGUCACCAAAGACACCACCGGCCCAGUCACCGCAGAAAGUGGUGUCGAUGAUGAACUUUUGCGACUUGAAGCGCUCGUGGAAAGUUGCAGGAGCCCUGCAGGUGCGCCAUGGGGGUGCCAAACUCGGCGGUGUUGGGCUUUCCACUCUCGAUCGACGACGGGAUAGAGGCCCGGGGGAAGAACCAGAUCUUGAUGAACUCGGCGGUCCAUUCCAUAGCAUACACACCACCGCCCUGCUGGUUGAAGGGGUCGCCCGACGAGCCCUGGGUGCCCUUGACGACGCAGCCGAUGGUGCCGGAGGACUCGCCGCACUCGCUCGAGGUGAGGGUGCCGGUCAUAUCGUUGCUGCCGGCGACAUCGCAGGUACCGCUGGUGUGCAGCACAAUCUCGUUGGCCUCGUGCUUGUUGACGCCCUCGAUAAUAUCGAUCUCGCCGUCCUCAGGCCAGCUGGGACCGACGGACCAGAACGCAGGCCAGGUGCCGCAGAUGCUGCCGGGCAUGUGCUUGAUAUCAAACACGUACAGGCCUUCGUCGUAGAAGCGCUUGGUUUCGAUACGGACGGACUCUCGCCCGGGGCCGCUGGGGGACAGCGUCGUGUGGGAGUCUACGCCCAUGUAGAUGCUGCCGCUCUCGGUGAUGUCGAACAGACCGGAGCUCUGGGCAUAGCUCUGGUUGGCGUAGGUGACGAAGCCAUUGGUCGGGUCGGCGCCGUCGAAGAAAUCAAAGUAAUCCAGGAAGUUCUCGCCUUGCCAGGCCUCGAGCAGGUGAUAGCUGGAGCCGGUGGCCGUAGCGAUCGCCGGAGAGACGAGCGACGACACGGCCAGCGACCCAACGCUCCAAAGAAGGGACGAAGAGGGCAUCUUCAGUAG